AUGGGGAGGAAGAAGAAAAAGCAAAUGAAGCCUUGGUGCUGGUACUGUAACAGAGACUUUGAUGAUGAGAAGAUUCUCAUUCAGCAUCAAAAAGCCAAACACUUCAAGUGUCACAUCUGCCACAAAAAGCUGUACACUGGCCCUGGGCUGGCGAUCCACUGCAUGCAGGUGCAUAAAGAGACCAUCGAUGGCGUUCCAAAUGCAAUACCUGGGAGAACAGACAUCGAGCUGGAGAUUUAUGGGAUGGAGGGAAUUCCAGAAAAAGAUAUGGAGGAGAGAAGAAGAGUGCUCGAACAGAAAAACCAAGAGACUCAGAAGAAAAAGCAGAACCAGGAUGACUCUGACGAGUACGACGACGACGACGACGAGCCCGGCCCCUCCUUCCAGCAGCCUGUAGCAGGGCAGCCCCAGCAGGGCUACAUCCCCCCGAUGACCCAGCCGGGCUUGCCUCCUGUGUCUGGGACUCCGGGGAUCCCGCCAGGCAGCUACUCAGGAAUUCCCCCGAUGAUGCCCGGGGUCCCACCAAUGAUACCAGGAAUGCCCUCUGUGAUGCCAGGAAUGCCUCCAGGCAUGAUUCCAAUGGGUGGGAUGAUGCCUCCCAUCAUGCCAGGUGUACCACCAGGCCUUCCUCCUCCAGUGGGCCAUCGUCCAGGCAUCACACACAUGCCUCAGGUUCCCCCCGCUGCUAGCAUGCUGGCUCGAUCCGCUGUUCCCACCGUCACCGUCCCAUCAGCCCAGCCGGACGUCACAAAACCUCUGUUCCCCAGUGCAGGACAGAGUCAGCAGACAGUGUCAGGCCCCCCCCUCACCCUCCCCUCCACCUCCCCCGACCCCUCCAAGCCCACAUUCCCAGCAUACACUCAGGCCACCGCUGCUGUUGUCAGCCCCAGCGCCGGCAGCAGCACGGUCUCCAAACCUCCCUCCACUGUGACCAGUAAGCCCGCCACCCUCACCACCACCAGUGCAACCAGUAAGUUGAUCCACCCUGAUGAGGAUAUCUCACUGGAAGAGCUGCGGGCCCAGCUGCCCAGGUACCAGUGUAGUAUUCCUCGCCCCGGCCAGACCGCCACGACGGCCCCCGCCGUGGGGCCUGUGGGCGGCAUCAUGGCGUCUCAGCAGCACAGCAUGACUCACCCCAUACCUGGUCAGUUCACCGGCCCAGCGCCGGGCUUCAUCCCAGGACGGCUGCCUCCGUUCGGCCAGGGCCCCCCUGUGGUACCCCCAGGGUACCAAGGAGCCCCUCCGCGGCCGCCCCUGGGCAUGAGACCCCCCAUCAUGUCUCCCGGAGGCCGCUACUGAAGCACGCCUCUUCAAUAGGUUUGGACACUAAACCAUUUUCUAAUGUCCACAGCUGCAGUAUUGGUAUUUUAGUACCACAUAGUGCUGUUUGCUCUCCUACUGAGCUAUGAGGAAGACACGCAGCACGAGAGCGUAUGGGAAAAUAUUUACAGUAUACCUGAGCAAGUUUCUGAACUGUUUCACAUGAUUCUGAUUCAAACCUCCUCUGUUCUGUGGCUUUUUUUUUCCUUCUCAUGUUUCAUUUAGGUGUAUAGAACUGUAGUAGAUAUGGUUCGUAGUGUUGUGAAGGCGCUGGAGUUACAUGGGCACUACCCACCCUUUAUCAAGGCAAGUUUUAUGUAAAUACCUUUCUGUUCUGAGCUAAAUGGUGAGGCCUUCACAGCACUCUGUGCUGUUGGACUUCUGUCCCCAACUUUGUUUGGUGAGGGCUUCAAACAACCGUUUAUGCUUUUCAUUCUGCUCUGUGUUGGGAAAUCCCCAAUAAAAUAAGUAGGUGGGUUACUAUAUGACAUGGUGUAUGUAUUGUUGUGAUACUGUAUCGUAAUAAAAUGUGGGAAAAAUUCAAGACUCUUUUUUGCGGGAUUUAAGUGGGCAAAAAGACGUCACAGCAGGUCUUAACCUGCUUGUUGUUGUGCUUCUGUUGUCUUGAACACUGAUGAAGAGACGUUACAAAGCUGGACGAUGUUUCAUUUUGACUGUAAGCAGUAAAUUGAGUUGUUGUUUUUCUUGUUUUGUUUUUUUUUCAAAGCUGAUGCUCUGUACAUGGCAUGGGCAGACGGGUUCUUGAGUGCAUUGUACAGCUGCAUAACAUCUGGGUCAGUAGUGGCUGUAGUGCUAAAACUCAGAUUUCUCUUCUC